UUUCCAGCGUCACAUUUUCUUGCCCUCGAUCAUGAUGACAUGGUAGCCGUGCUUCGUCCUGAUUGGUGGGUUGGUGUAGACGGGUUUCUGGGUCGUGCUGGGCUGGAGCGCGAACGCCGCGUCCUGAAACGGCCCCACCAUCGACCCACGGGUCAUCCAACCAAGGUCACCCUGAAACAUACAGACCAAGAGUGUCCUCCAUCGAGUCCGCGGCCUACAGAAUUUGACUACUCCGCCGCACUGAGCGAGUCCACCGCCCUGUCUGGCCUGCUGGGCCCUGCCGUGGCUGCGGAGCUGGGCAUGGACAGCUUCCUGAGCGACCUGCAGGAGUACCAGCCACACGACGGCGCGCCGAUCUCAGACCUGCCCGCCACGGCCAGCACUAGCAUCACGAUCCAGCCGGAGCAGUGGGCUCUCACCUACACCGACCCACGCACGCCGGGCGCCACCACUGCGCUCAUCCUGCCAGAAACCAGGCACUUUCCAAGUCUUGGAUUACCAGGCGUGUUCCCCAGCUACAUCCUGCCACCCAUUGAACAGAACCUUCCGCUGUUCUACAACACAUAUCUGACAAACAUCGAGGCGAGCUAUGCCACCUCGCGCGCCGUUACCAUGGAGAUUGAUGACGCCAUCUACAGCCCGGACGCCGCCUGCCCCUACCCCCUGCGAACCGACCUGGGCAGCGGAUUCGCCCUGGAACGCCUCGGGACGACCUUGUGCAAAGUCAACAACAGGUUCACUGGCGUCUACCCGGGCGACGGGCGGCGUUUUGUCAUCGACGUGGGGAUAGAUUGGGGACGUUGGUGGGUUGGAAUUACGAUAGUUAUCACCUUCUGAAGAAUCUUUUAGGACGGACCCCCUAAGACCCCCUUUCCACUAGACGGCGAUCACGCUGCUGCUGCGACCUGAAACCGAUUCAUGUAAUGUUCGAUUUCAUACAGGGAAUAUCAUACAAAAUCAAAAAGGGUGCCUGGAAAUGGGAACAAGACACACAUAGUGUAAAAAUAUUUGUUUCCUUUCAUACAGGUCUUUAAGCGCUCUGUCAAAUUUUAGGUCGCGAGCCAGAGCGCUGUUCUAGUAGAAAGGGGGUAUAAAGCCAAGGUGCACUCUCACUGCACUUAAGUCAAGCUUGCGUCACUGCGGGGUUCGUUCACUGCGUCACUGUUUUGGUAUUUUCGCCGAUUUUAUAGUAGAUAUUCUGUAAUACAUAAGACUAUGACUUAAAAGACGACAAAAUACACAAAAGUAAUAAAAUUCGUUCUUUAUCUCUGAAGUGCCUUGCCAAAUGAUAAUCUUUUGAACCCCGCAGUGCCGCAAG